GUGCUGCACUCCACAAAUUGUGUGUCCUUUAAUUCCACCGUGUAGAAACACAGCUGUGUUGAGUUUGACAAGCAAUCUUUGGAUUAUCAUAAAACUUCGCGUGGUGAAAUGUCAAACAAUUUGUUGCAAUGGUGUUUGGAGCAGUUACAGCACCAGUUUGGUCUGGAGGCAUCUGAAGAUAUUGUCAAAUACAUUAUAUCCAUUGAAAAUGCUGAGGAGAUUGAGGAGUAUGUGGGCGACCUUCUCCAGGGCACAGAUGGUAGGAAAGGACAGUUUAUUGAAGAGUUCCUCUGCAGGUGGAGGAAGAGUCAAAGACAGGCUGGAGAUACGUCUGGUCUUUUCAUCCUCACAGAGUCAAUGUCUGCAACAGACUCCCAAGAUAUAACCAAAGAUUCCCAGAAGAAGUCUAAACGUAAGGGUCGGAACAAACAAGAGGUGUUGACUGUGAGUCAAAUGGACCCUGAGCCAGAAGCAGUCAAAACCCCCAUGGAUCUGAUGAGGGUUCAAGAAAGGACCAGUACUUCUUCAACUAAGAAGAAAAAUAAGUUCACAAACCUUUAUGGUAAAGAGGGCCAAGACAAGCUGACGGUCGUACUACCCGGCCGACAUGGCUGCGAGUGCCUUGCUCAGAAGCACAGGCUCAUUAACAACUGCAUCAGCUGUGGUCGCAUUGUAUGCGAGCAAGAGGGGUCCGGCCCUUGCCUCUUCUGUGGUAGUCUGGUCUGCACCAAAGAGGAACAGGAGAUUCUGCUGAGAGACUCAAACAAAAGCCAGAAACUAAGAAAGAAGCUGAUGGGAGAUUGCGGUGACAAAGAUUACCUGGCGCAUCAAGAAGCCAAAAUGAAGGCUGGUUUAGAGAAGGCUGUCCAGCAUAAAGACAAACUUCUGGAAUAUGACCGAACUAGUGUCAAGAGAACUCAGGUACUUGAUGAUGAGUCUGAUUACUUUGCCACUGACUCUAAUCAGUGGUUGUCACCCGCUGAGCGCGACAAGCUAAAAAAAAAGGAAGAGGAGCUCCGUGACCUUCGGCAUGCGUCUCGCAAAGAUCGGAAAAUCACCUUGGACUUUGCUGGUAGACAAGUCCUUGAUGAGGGAAACAACCUGAACGAAUACUACAACAGAUUAGAUGAGACCCUGCAGGCAAUGAACACCAACGCUGCGGCAAAAUCCCCACUGUGUAAAGGACAAGGAGUACAUCAAAACCUCAGAGAUCUCGUAAACCCCAACAUAAGGCAGAGCGCGCCAGAAUGGGUAGAUGUUGGCAGCAGGGGAAACAAAAGAAACACGGAGAAAGGACAGAGUUUGGCACAAGAUAAUAAAGGGGCCAGGUUGCGUCUUCAAGACAAAGAGCUGCAGGAAAUGAGUGACGGUGGCUGGUGUCUGAGCAUGCACCAACCAUGGGCAUCGCUACUCGUCAGAGGCAUCAAGAGAGUCGAGGGUCGAACUUGGUACACUUCCCACCGAGGCCGUCUUUGGAUUGCUGCAGCGGCCAAGAAGCCCACUCCUCAGGAGAUUGCUGAGGUGGAGGCCAUGUACUGCUCUAUCUACAAAAAAGAGCGCAGGUUUCCUUCUGACUAUCCCACUGGCUGCCUGCUGGGCUGUGUCAAUGUCACCGAUUGCCUUUCUCAGGAACAGUUUAAAGAGCAGUUUCCCGGUACAUGCGACGAGUCUGCUUCCCCAUUCGUCUUCAUAUGCACUAACCCCCAGGAGCUGCUGGUGAAAUUUCCAAUGAAAGGGAAGCACAAGAUCUCUUUGGUUUUCUGUUUGGUCUUUGCUGUUCAGUUCAUGGCAUCUGCCCCCAAUGAGGAAUUCCUGAGAGGGAAACUGGAGAGUCAAUACCACCAGGGUGCCAAGAAGGGGCUGGUCGCUUCGGCCGCAGAGUGACGUCCCAACGAACGGAAUGAGGAAGAAUGAACCGACAAGCCACUGGUCUGUUUCACAUCCAGUUCAGAAUAAUAGCAGUGUGUUUGAAUAGCAGUAAAAGUUCAAAAUCCUUACAAUAACAUUCUUAUUUUAAUGCAUUGAAAAUGUGAUGGGAACAUUGCAUCUUCUAUUCUAAGUCCAAACAAGAAAAGAGUGAUUUUUUUCCCCCUGUAAAAAGACUUAAGAAAACUGACUUUUUUUUUUGCAAACUCAAAAUAUUUACUGAUUAAACUGAACAAUGCUUGGCUUCGCAUAUGCGUCCCCAAGGCUGAAUUUUCACAAUUCUUUUUUUUUUGGUUACCCAGGAAGCUCAAAUUGUAUUUGAGUCAUGCCUGUAUAAGGAGAAAUGACCCAUGGAUUGGAUUCUUGAAUAAAAAAAUGAUGUACGUAUUGAAUAUCUGGUGACUUAAGUGCAGCAUGAACACACAGAAGAGAAAAAUCCAGUCAAUGCGAGCCUGACGUCAUCAAAGUACCGUAAAUUCCGGACUAUAAGCCGCGCCUUUUUUCCAAAAUUUUGAACCCUGCGGUUUAUAGUCAGGUACGGCUUAUAAAAGGAUUUUUUUUCGUGAUUUUUGUGAUGACUUGAUCACUUUUAUACACUGCGGUAUCUUGAAGAAAAAAACAACAACAAAAAUACUAUUUUGAAACACUACUAUGGCUGCUGCUUAUUCUGGCUGUGUUGCUUGUGACUAUUAUGAGCUUUAGUAGGAAUGCACGCUAGGUGACCUGUGUCAAAGGGCUCUAAACCCUUCGUCACAGGCAAUGUUUAGAAAGACAUGUUAAAGUAUGUUAUUAAAACUUUAAAAAGGCUUUCUGUGAACGGUCUUUCUUUGUAAAAAAAACGCGUGUGCACGUGCGGCUUAUAGUCCGGUGCGGUUUAUAUAAGAAAAAAACUAAAAUAUCCCCCAAUUUUAGCUGGUGCGGUUUAUAGUCCGGUACGGCUUAUAGACCGGAAUUUACUGUAGAUCGAUUGGUGACGUUCACCUAUGUAUGCUCAAACAACAUAAAAAAAAAACACAUGAAACUAUCCCUUUAAAUGUGCUCGUACUCUGUCAAAAACUGAAAUGGCACGUAGAC